GGCGCCUUCUUCUCCUUCUCGUCUCCCCUGCUCCUAGGGCCAGACAUGGAAGAUGGAUCUAAUUCUGCAAGCUGCUUUAGGAGGUUUACAGACUGUUUCUUGAGCACAAGUUUAACCGAUGAGAAAGUGAAGGCCUAUCUUUCUCUCCACCCCCAGGUACUGGAUGAAUUUGUGUCAGAAAGUGUAAGUGCAGAAACUGUGGAAAAAUGGCUAAAACGGAAAAAUAACAGGCAGGAAGAUGAAUCGACUCCUAAAGAAGUCAGCAGGUAUCAGGACACGAAUAUGCAAGGCGUAGUGUAUGAAUUGAACAGCUACAUAGAACAGCGCCUGGAUACAGGAGGAGAUAACCAACUACUUCUGUAUGAACUGAGCAGCAUCAUUAAAAUAGCUACAAAAGCUGAUGGAUUUGCACUAUAUUUCCUGGGAGAAUGCAAUAAUAGUCUGUGUGUAUUCACACCACCAGGAGCUAAAGAAGGACAACCACGGCUCAUUCCUGCAGGGCCCAUUGCACUUGGCACUACAGUAUCUGCUUACGUAGCCAAAUCCAGAAAAACGUUGUUAGUAGAAGAUAUUCUGGGGGAUGAACGAUUUCCCAAAGGUACUGGACUGGAAUCAGGGACUCGUAUCCAAUCUGUUCUUUGUUUACCAAUUGUCACUGCAAUUGGUGAUCUGAUUGGUAUCCUGGAGCUUUAUCGUCACUGGGGCAAAGAAGCCUUCCAUCUUAGUCACCAAGAGGUUGCAACAGCAAAUCUUGCAUGGGCUUCAGUAGCAAUACAUCAAGUACAAGUGUGCAGAGGCCUUGCCAAGCAGACUGAGCUGAAUGACUUCUUGCUUGAUGUAUCGAAAACAUAUUUUGAUAAUAUAGUUGCAAUAGAUUCUCUACUUGAACAUAUAAUGAUAUAUGCAAAAAACCUGGUGAAUGCAGACAGGUGUGCACUCUUCCAGGUUGACCACAAGAAUAAGGAACUGUAUUCAGACCUUUUUGAUAUUGGAGAAGAAAAUGAUGGGAAACCUGUCUUCAAGAAGACCAAAGAAAUAAGAUUUUCUAUAGAAAAAGGAAUAGCUGGUCAAGUGGCAAGAACAGGGGAAGUCCUUAACAUCCCUGAUGCCUAUGCAGAUCCUCGCUUUAACAGAGAAGUAGACCUCUAUACAGGCUACACAACCAGAAAUAUCCUGUGCAUGCCUAUUGUAAGCCGAGGAAGUGUAAUAGGUGUUGUGCAGAUGGUGAACAAAAUAAGUGGAAGUGCCUUCUCUAAAACUGAUGAGAAUAACUUUAAAAUGUUUGCAGUCUUUUGCGCUUUAGCCUUACACUGUGCUAAUAUGUACCACAGAAUUCGCCAUUCAGAGUGUAUUUACCGUGUAACGAUGGAGAAGCUAUCCUACCACAGUGUUUGUACAGCAGAAGAGUGGCAAAAUCUCAUGCACUGUACACUGCCUCCACACAUCUGUAAAGAAAUUGAACUAUACCACUUUGACAUCAGUCCCUAUGAGGAUGUCUGGCCUGCCAUUUUUGUCUACAUGGUCCACCAGUCCUGUGGGACAGCCUGCUUUGAACUUGAAAAGCUGUGUCGAUUUACUAUGUCUGUGAAGAAGAACUAUCGCCGUGUGCCCUACCACAACUGGAAGCACGCAGUCACCGUUGCACAUUGCAUGUAUGCCAUACUUCAGAACAACCAGGGGCUUUUCACUGAUCUGGAGCGGAAAGGUCUUUUAGUUGCAUGCUUGUGUCAUGACCUGGAUCACAGAGGUUACAGCAACAGCUAUCUUCAGAAAUUUGACCAUCCUUUAGCUGCUCUCUAUUCCACAUCAACAAUGGAACAGCACCACUUCUCGCAGACUGUGUCCAUCCUGCAGCUGGAAGGGCACAAUGUCUUCUCCAAUCUGAGCUCCAGUGAAUAUGAGCAAGUCCUUGAGAUCAUCCGCAAAGCCAUCAUUGCCACAGACCUUGCCCUGUAUUUUGGAAAUAGAAAACAGCUUGAAGAGCUGCAUCAAACGGGAGCAUUAAACCUUAAGAACCAAGCACAUAGAGAUCGAGUUAUUGGUCUGAUGAUGACCGCUUGUGAUUUGUGUUCUGUAACAAAGUUGUGGCCAGUUACCAGACUGACAGCCAAUGAUAUAUAUGCAGAGUUUUGGGCUGAGGGUGAUGAAAUGAAGAAAACGGGUAUUCAGCCUAUUCCUAUGAUGGACAGAGACAAGAAGGAUGAAGUCCCUCAGGGUCAAGUUGGGUUCUACAAUGCUGUAGCCAUUCCAUGUUAUACUACACUUGCACAGAUCUUUCCUCCAACUGGGCCACUACUCCGAGCAUGCAGGGACAAUCUCAGCCAAUGGGAGAAGGUGACAAGAGGAGAAGAGGCCUCUAUAUGGAUUUCCUCACAGUCCCUUGCUCCCGGGACCUCCGAUUCACUUCCUGUGAAGAUUGAUGACUGAACAGCAGCAACAGUUUGUUUUAACCCUAAAAGCAUCCCUUCUUUGUUUUGGGGGUUGUUUAGUUUUGUUCCGUUUUAUUUUUAUUUGAAGAAGGAAAAAGAAGAGCUACAAAUGCUAACUAGGAAGCAGAUCUGCCUAGGAAGGUAACACCCAUGGGGUUACCUCAGCUAAUGACUCUGGCAGCCAAUCUCCUGACCUAACCAGUGACACAACAUGAACAGAGGGAAAAUGACAACCCGGAUGGUUUGGAAUCAGCUAGCGAAAGAGAACUUCUGACUUGUGAAUAUGAAGGACUGGCCUUCUCUCAUGGGCUACAAUGCUGAGGCCUUAAUUUAAAACUGAUGGGGGGAAAAAAUCUUAGAGGGUACUUCUAAAUUGUAUCUUUCUAGUAAGGGUUUCAAUGGUACUUUUAUUAUACUGUACUGUGGCUGGCUUUAACACCAGUGUCACUUGGGAGUUCUUGGCUAUAAAUAGAACAAUAUACCCAUUGCUGUUGUGAAUGUUUGUGUGAUCUACUUGUAAUCAGUUUGAACUCUAGCAGAAUCCCUGGAAACUAUAAUUCUUGUUUGGAUUACAGCGAAUUCUCUUGCUGUAAACUAAAGGAAAACCAAUAUUCAAGUUCUUCAUUAAGCUCCAUGGUGCGAAUUGUCACUUGCAAGAUAAAUGUUGAAAGAACUAGUUAUGGGGCUUUGUUCUUCAGAACUAUUUAGAAACCCAGACAACUCUUCCCUUUGAACACUGAAAGUGCUGGAUAUUUAUCUCCGAUAAGGAGAGAUGUAGGCAUAGUUUCAGGUUGGAGUUUUUGUAUCCAUAGUGGCAGAAGUAUCGGACUAAAAUUUGAAUGUGACAGCAAAGAUUUCCUUGCCUAGCUCACCAGUAAGUAAAGUCAUUGUGCUUAUUUCUACCUGCUGAGUUGUAUUUUAAAAGGUAUUAAGAGACAUACAUAAAGUAUGUUAUCUGCUGGGAACAGGAGCCGUGUCAGAAAAGUUAGGUCUAAUAAGAGGGACUCUGGAACUAUCACAAUAAAUCAAAAAUGUUUUUGCGCUGACUAGCUUUUGUGUUGCACAGUAACACUGCAUGCCUUCUACUGCUCUUCUCCUCAUCCCGAAACAAGUAAAAUUAAAGAACUUCUCCCUUUUUCCUUUUGUUUUUUUUCCCCAUAUUUGAGAAAAAUGUUCAGACUUAGAACUAUCUUUUUCAAUGAAAGAAUAACUGACUAAGAGAAAAAAGUACUCUAAAAUACUGUGUUUACAGUUCUGUGCUGGCUUAGCCAUCAGUCUUACAAAUUUACGCACAGAAUUUAAGACCUUACAUUUAAUGCCACUCUUUUGACUUUAGUGCAAUUGUACAGAGUACGUUUCAACAACACUUAAUUUGCCUUUCUCUAAAAAUACUGAAAAAAAAUUCAUACUGAUCUGAACAAUAGUUGAAAACACACUGUCUUUGCAUAACUUUUCACAUACCGCCUAUACUGCAUUAUAUACUUUUUCACAGAUAGUAGCCUUAGUGGUUCCGUGAUAACAUGGCCAUUUGUGUAACUGCAACCAAUAAUAGUGGUGACUUAAAGACAGAAUCCAGGUUCUAUUUUUCCAUGUCACAUCUUGUUCAGCUGUAUUGCUCUAAUAAGCAUACCAUCUUGUGGUUUCAUUUAAAUGACUUGAACUCUUGAGUUUUGCCUUCUGUUAUGGUCGAGCACAUACCAAUAUCUGUUUGUACAUAUGUACAGUAUGUGAUAUAUAAUCACAUAAUGUAUAAAUGCACCUAAGCCUUUGCAAUACAUAGAAUCUCAAAGGUUGAGAGUUCAAUAUUAAGUUACCUUAUUUGUGUCGUACAGCUUACCCAACAGCAGCCCCACAAUUCUUUUCAGUUUGCUUUGCUACUUCUAAGUGCAGAAAUUCAUCGUUAGCCAUAAUAAGCUAUUUUGGAAUGAAAAAAAUUAUAAGAAAACAAUUACACCAAAGUAGGUGGAACAGUAUCUCAUCCUGUGUCCUCUGCUUUGCUCCUGAGCAGGUCGGAUUUAGUUCAGGUGCAACCUUUCAGCUGCAAACUAUUUAAGACACAGUCCAUAGUGUCCUCCGUGUACUUGGAAAGUAUCCAAAUCUAUGGUGACUACAAAAAUAUGCUUUGGAAUUCAGAUACCAACAGAAAACUUUUCCUUCAUGGUUUGAGUAUAUUUGUUGUUAUUCUCCAUCCUCCUAGAAUACUGAUCUUACCAGGGUUGCAAAAAUAUUUCUUGUUACGCUGUAUCUGUGUUAUGGAAAAUGUUUAAUUAAUCCUUUAGUCAUUGACAGUUCUGAUAAGUACUAACACAGAACAGAUUUCCCUAACCCUUACCAAAUUGUCAAUAAGAUGUUCUGUUAAUUUCUGAAGACAAUCAGGUAUUGUUCCUGAUACAGAACUAUCCCAACCAUUUAAAAUGUAUAGUUGCUAUAGUAUGGUGUCCAUUAGAAGUAAAAACUGAAGUUCCAGUGAUUGAGUUUGGUUUGUUUUUCUGGUGUAUAAAAGGAGAAAAGUCAUAAUAAAAAGUUACUACCUUUUAGUUGCCAGCUAAACCAACAAAAAUAGCCAUAACAGGCUAUAUUUUUUAAGUAAAUUCAGUCUGUCUUGCCACUUACAGAGUGAUAAGACACUGUAAAUUUUUUGGCAGAAACAAACUUAAAUGAGCACUUCCAUAGUCGAAACCACCAAACAUUAAAACUUUGAAGCCACAUUUGAAUUUCAUGACUCAAGAUAUGCUGAGAUUUAAUUGUCCAGAGUUCUGGACUUGUACUCACCAAGUAGAGCAGUAAGACAUCUGGCUUAUCAAGUUACACUGCCAAAUGCUAUUCCUCCUUUUGUUUUUAUCCUGCUAAAAUUGAUGUUGCAGAGAAUGCAUAAGAAUGCAUAAAAAAACCUAACAGACCUUUUUUUCCUUGAAGAACUAGACUUUAGACUUUAGACUUCUAGGACAACAUUAUUUUUAUUGGAAUUCCAAUUGCUUUUCCCUUCUAAGCCCAGUAAAGAAAAAAGCCAUUUGAAGCCAUAUCUGAGAGUUUCUAAUGUAUUAUGAAACAAUAUCUGAAAGAUAUGCAUUGAGAAAAAUAGGUGACAUAGCCUCUGAGAUGUUGCAUAUGUUAUAGUAGCACUGACAGAAGCUCCAUUGUUCACUAUGAAUUCUUUAAGGUAGUACAACAUUCUUCUGUAAUGAUUCCACUUGUGGCAGUACUAUUUUUAUAAAUCAUCAGUUAAUUAUUUCAUUAGAGAAAUGCAAUAGUUUUUUUUAAGGUUUUUUAGUGGGAGUGUAUGCUAAAACAUAUUUACAUUGGAGGGGACAUGCAGUGUGAAAUUUAUCUUUUUGUGUGGCACAGACUUCUUUCAAAAUGUGUUUAAACUUAGGGCAAUGUGAUCAAUUGCUUUACAUUUAGACCACUUAGUGUUAAAAUUAUAGGGAUAGCAUAUAGCACUAUUCAUGUUAAAGAAAAAAAUGCAGAGGUUGUUAGACACUCAAAAUAAUUUUGACCCGCUUGAAAUAAUGCAUUUGCCUAAAACACUGUGAUAUAUUAACAGUUCUGUGAAGUGGUACAACCCUUGUCAUCUAAACAGAGGAAGUGACUUUCUGCACACUAUUGCAAUGAAGUUCAUGUUCAAACUUUAGGUUAUAUAUCCCAAUCUAGCAAAGGCACAUCACAGCUAUUCUAUUCUGCUUUCUGACCAAAAACUGUGCUCGAUUGUAAUACGGGUGUAUACUCUGUCAAAAAACCUAAAAUAGUGGACUGCUUUCUAGAGUAGAUCAAACUGAUUUGUGGAGUAGAUUCAUAUAUAUUCCAAAUUCAGGUUGGGCUGUUAUGUGAAGAAGAAAGAACUUCAAGGUAACAACAUUCAACUUUACUACAUUUAGU